AUGCUCACGUCUGCUGCUUUGCUGCUGCUUCUUUUUUUCAACAUCGCCCAAGCUGUUCAUAGUAUGUUCCAAUAUUAUCACGGACUUUUUUUUAAUGAAAAAAAACCUACGCUUUCUUCUGUUGUUUUCAAUAUCUAGUAAGAAGUCGUACGCAAAAAACUCGACCUGACAAUUAUUUCAAAUUUAUUUUUCAAGUUACAGAACAUUUUUUCCUUUGGAAGAGUUUUGAAGAAGGAGACGCUUUUUUUUCGGAUUCAACUAUGUGUUACGAUUAACGGGACCACGAUUUUCACUUUUCCCAAUUGAUAAGUAUGAGCUCGAAGGUCGAUUCAGAUCUAAUCUUGAUCCAGCUGAUACUUUUCAAUCUCUCCAAAACUCGAACAUCUUAUCAAAAAAAAACUUUUUCAGGAAUUUGCGAGACGGCAAGUCCUCAAUCCGAAUCUGGGGCGUUAUUACUACCUCUAGCCAUCGUCAGCGAUCAUGACAGCAAAAGUAAAGACAGCACUUCCUGGUACAGCUCGAUCAAGUAUGGAAACCUCGCAAUUGACAGUGUAGUACCUUUUUUCUCCUUCAAUUUGAAAUUCACAAUUUUAGAGCAGAUCUUCUUCCUUUGUACACUGGCUAGGUUCUGAUAACAUCACUUCCUCCUUGAAUUACAACGGAAGGGCGAUGGAAAUGAGUGAUUUGAAAGUUUUCGACAACCGUCUGUUAUCAGUUGACGACAAACUUGGAAUCGUCUACUGGUAAAUUUAAGAAAAGUUGAUUUAUUCUGAUCUAAUUUCUUAGGAUCCGAAACGGAAGCCUGGUUCCUUGGGUAAUAACGUCAACUGGUGAUGGUACUAAGAGCACACGUGAGUUUCUCUACUUUAAUAUGAAAAUUUUGUUGGGUUUUUGAGCGCUUUAAACCCUUAUCAUGUAACUUAUCAAUAUGAACUCAAAAAAUUAGAAUAAUUUAUUAUUCAAAGCAUGAAAUUUUGUCUCCUUUACUUGAUACUUUUCCAGAAAUUCAGCCUGAAUCCCCCAGAUUCCUAAUAAAAAUCCGUAUAAUGUCCAAGAGCCCUUGAACCAUCAUCUGAUUUUUUUUUUGAUUUGAGAUACCUAUUUUUGAUUUUUUGACAUGAGAUACCUGCUUUUGAACAAAGAAAGCAGUGUCUUCAAACCAAAUCGACCACGUAUAGUCCGUUUGAAUGAUGAGGCCUCAAAAAGCGAGGGCCUUCCGAAGAAAAAGUUGCUGCGCUCUUAAUAUUGGAGUGGUAGGGGUCUGAUUAGGUUUUUUGAAAAACCAAAGACUUGUUUAAUAAGGAAAAAAAAAUUUAAGGUUGAAACUCAAAGUCACUUGGGAAAUAUGAUUUUUCAAACCUGAACAAAAAAAGUUUUAUUAGGGUGGCAGGAAAGAAAUGCGCGUUUUUGAUGUCAUUUAAUUUUAUCAUAAAAAAACAAGGUUAUCACAAAUCAAUUCGAAAUGUAAUUUCUAUCUGUAUUAGCACCUUGUCAAUAAUGCUCACGCAGAGAAUGGAUACUUUCUCUGUCAAACUGGGCCGCCUACGAGCCAAAGAAGUUGCACCCCCGAAUUUGGACUUCAUCAGAGUUUUUCAAAUUUUUUUGGCUGUUAAGCGAUCCAAUGAUUCGGACAGAUGAUAAAUGCGAAAAGCCAUGUCUGAGCAUUGUAGCAGGAAAAGCAGAAAUUUGCAGAACAAUUUUUCUGAUUUUGGGCUAACACAUUUUCGCAAAAAACUAAAAAGCGAUAUUGUGAAGCCAUUUUUCAUUUCUCAUUUUUUGCACUCCGUUGCGUAAUAAAACUUUUUUCUCUUGCAGAUAUGGGUGUGUAAUAACUGAUGAGCCAGUUUCACAGGUGUCUGUUGUGGAUCCAGUCUAAUGGCAUUUUAAAAUCGCCUUUAUCGUCGAUUUUUUCGUGUUUUUUGAUUUCAAAGGUCUUUUCGCCUAGUGAAUAGCGCUAAAGCAAUUCAAAAUGUUAACUAUCAGAAAAAAGCAUCAUUGGUGAUCCUAAUAUUGAAAGGUGCCAAGCUUCUGAAUUUGAUUUGUACUUUUUGAAAUAACGCGAAAACUAGGUCUGCGAAUACAGUUUUUGAAAGGAAGUUUUCAGAGCUAUUUUUCUUAUAGAAAGGCGGAAAGAACGUCAGCAAGUUAUAUAUUCAAUGACGCACAAGGACAAGCCCUUUUCGACAAAAAAUACCGUUCCAAAUAAUAUUGCUUCUUGGAUGAAUUAGAAGCCGACAAAAACGAGCCGCAUUUCUUUCAUGCCAACCUAAUAUUUUUCGAUUUUCAGUUUUUUGCUCAUAAUUCUAGUUUGGCUUGAGCAAAUGAGCUCUGCUUGUAAAAAUAAUUUAUUGCAAAGAUAUUUAAAAUGUGUGCAAAGUUUCAAGACAUUUGAACCACAUUCAAAGAAGUUAUGCUCAGAAAACCAUUUUGAAAUACCUUUAUGGUCAGUACUGUACAGAUUUUCGGUUGUCUAAGGCAUUUAUGAUCUUAUCAGAAAAACAGAUCUUUCUGGCCCGUUUUCAAAAUGACGCAUGAUAAAAACAAAAUGUCUUUUCUUAUAAGGUCUGUGGCCACAAAAUACCUAGAAAAGUUUUUCAAGAAAUCAGUCUAUUUUCUGAAAAACCUAUCAUUUUCAGCUUUCAAAGGUGAAUGGAUGACAGUAAGGGAUGGCGAUUUGUUCCUGGGAAGCAGCGGGCACGAAAUAGUCAGUGAAAAGGGAGAAUUCGAGAAUGACGAUCAAAUGUUCAUUAGGGUUAUUUUAAGUUUUUAACUAAUCAACUUUAAAAAUUGAAGGUAAUAUCAGCGAACGGAGCAAUGAAGGUCGAAGAUUGGACUCCUUAUUUUGUGAAACUCCGCAUGUCUGUUGGAAUCUACUUUCCUGGAUUUAUGGUUCACGAGGCUGUUCAGUGGUCAGAGUAUCAUAAAGUGAGUGGAAAGGAUCAAGAAAAUAAAAGUAUUUUCUUCAGAGAUGGUUUUUCUUACCAAGGUAUGCUUCAAAAGCGCCAUACACACAUGAAACGGUUGCCGAUUCAGGUGAUGACCUUUUUUUGGCUCCUAAUUUUUAAGAUUUUAGGUUGUAAUUAUUUGAUUAGCUCGUCAGACUGUUUUUGCGACUUCAACGUGACAAGAAUUGGCAAGUUGGACCCUCACAAAGGCUUCAGCGCAUUUCAGUUUGUUCCAGGCAAGUCAGAAAAAUCAAGCAAAUUCGUCAUGAAAUUCAUUAACAAUAUCAUCAAAAAUAAUAUAACAAAUACAGAUAUUUCAGGAACAAACGACACAAUCAUCGCGGCACUGAAAACAAUUGAAAGGCCAAAAAAUGACGGAGACAAACAUUUUGCAACUUACAUUACUGUAUUUUCUAUUGGCGGACGAAUUUUGUUAGAGGAUACCCUUGUUGAUGAAAGCAAAUACGAGGGAAUUGCAUUUGUUGAUGUGCGUGAUUGUUUAUAA